AUGGCGGGUGAUAAAGCAGCCCCUUUCUUCACCUGUUUAAGAAAGAAUUCCAAGUUUCAGUGGACAGAGGAGUGCGAGCAAGCUAUUACCAAGUUGAAAGAAACAUUAGCAACACUGCCGGGGGCAGAAUUGCGGUACCAAAAAAUUGAAAAGGCGGCAUUGGCAAUUCUGAAAACAGCAAGGCGCCUCAGGCCUUAUUUCCAAAGCUUCCAGGUCAAAGUCAAAACUGAUGUUCCCCUAAGGCAGGUACUCCAGAAGCCUGACUUGUCAGGGCGGUUGGUCAGCUGGUCGGUGGAAUUAUCAGAAUAUGAUAUACAAUACGAGCCAAGGGGUCAAGUUACGAUCCAAAGCUUGAUUGACUUUGUUGCAGAGUUAACACCUACGGAAGGCGAGAGGAACCAAGGCGAAUGGAUCCUGUCUGUUGAUGGAUCCUCAAACAACACCGGAAGUGGAGCUGGAAUAACCAUCGAAAGCCCAGAUAAGAUGGUCAUUGAGCAAUCUUUAAAGUUCGAAUUCAAGGCAAGUAACAACCAAUCAGAGUACGAGGCCUUGAUCGCCGGAUUAAGGUUGGCCAUUGAGCUAGGUGUUCAAAAAUUAUUCAUCAAGGGCGACUCACAGUUGGUUGUCAAACAAGUAAAUGGCGAGUAUCAAGUCAAGGACCCGCAACUUUCGAAAUACCUGGAGGUGGUGCGCAGAUUAAUGAUGGAAAUUGGGAAGAUCAGAAUAGAGCACGUUCCAAGGGGACAAAAUGAGAGAGCUGAUGUAUUAGCAAAAUUGGCGAGCACUGGGAGAUUGGGUAAUUACCAAACGGUCAUUCAGGAAACCUUGCCUCGUCCGAGCAUCGAUUUGGUAGAAGUAAAGUUGAAAGCAGUCAAGUCAAUAAUUGAAGGCGAGCCUUCAUGGAUGGAGCCAAUCAAGGCUUUUCUACAGAACCCUCCACAGGAUGACAACCUGAACACAAGAGCAAAACGCAAAGAGGCUAGUUUUUACACGCUAGUGGAUGGGGAGUUGUAUCGGCGGGGAAUCAUGUCUCUUAUGCUCAAAUGCGUUGGCACCAAUGACGCCCAUGGAAUAAUGGCGGAAGUCCAUGAAGAAUUGAAAGUACUAAUAGAAGUGUCAAAAAAGAAAUUAACAUUUUAA